AUGGAAAACAUUUUCCCGUUGCAGGAAAGUGUCGAGAUUGAGGAGAUCUAUGGGAGCAAAAGGCCGAAUGCAAAUCCUCCUAAGGGUCCCAGGGCAUUUAAAAUGAGAAGUGGAGUCUGCAGCUUUACGGAUGUCGAGACGUAUCAAGUGAAAUCACCGGGCUGGUUCAGGAAGGGUGAUCUAAGCGCAUUGGAGUUGGUUAGCAUGAAUAGAGUUAUUCUGGGGGUCGGAAAGGAAAGAUAUAUGCAGACCAGGGACAGAAUAGUCAGUGGUUACGAGGAUGGGUGUCGGCCGAUGACCAUUGGAAAAGCCUUGAUGCUGACGGACAUGGAUCUGCAUUCGUUGUUGGAGGUCUUUUCGUUUGUUGAGAGAUGGGGGCUAAUCAAUCAUCGGAGUCUCCUUGAAAAGGAGAUCAGGUACUUUGAGACGCAUAAAGGCGAGAAUACAUCUCCUCCAGAAGAAAGCCCGAAGAAAGAGGGUCAGGGGAAAGUGGUUGACUUAAAAGAACAUCUGGAGAAAUCGUCAUGCAGCUGUGGUGGAAGGGCCUCCUUUUUCACAAGAUCCCUCGUGCUUAGAUGCGCUGAGUGUAUCGACAACGGUGUCUAUCCGCAAGAGUCUCUAAAAUCAGACUUUUUCCCGGCCACCGAGUCUCUGCUCAGGAACAUGUGGUCUAGAAAGGAGGAGUUUCUUCUACUGGAGGGAAUUAAUAGGUUUGGGGACGAGUGGGACUCUGUCAGCCGCCAUGUGCAAACAAAGACAAAAGAGCAGUGCAUAUUCCACUUCCUCAGGCUGCCGACACUGGAAAACACACUUUCCAAGGGCGACUUUUCCAUCGGAAGGCUGUUUGAAACGGCAGAUAAUCCUGUGAUGUGCCUCAUUGUCCUGAUAUGCGGAAUUGUUCACCCAAGGGUUGCAUCUGAGUGUGCGAGGACUGCUAUCAAGCACAUUAAUAGAUGCUCCCAGGACAUGGUCAUCCAGUAUAUACUGGACGCCGGAAAAGAAAAGGCGGGCGAGCAAAGGGACCUGGAGAAAAGGAAGAUAGAGAGGCUUAGGAAUGUAAUGUGUGAGGCAUUGCUCAACAAGAUCAAGAUGAAGAUAGGAACUUAUAAAGAGCUGUACUUAUCUACACAGAGGGUGCGCAACGAGUUAGUUGCAUUGAGAAGGAGCCUUGCUGAGGAGAUAAACUUUGCUGGAGACGAGUGA